GCAACAGCAUGUUUAAAAGAGAAGCAAAGUUCAUAGAAUUGCUAGCAAGAGAUCAUGAUGGGAACGUUGGGAUAACACCAUCAUCGUCACUAAAGUGCAAUCAAUUACCAACUAAUAAAGAUGGUUUUCUCAUAAAAACUAAUGAUUUUGUUAUUCAAUUAUUUGAAAGGCUGCCGCCUAAAAGUGUUUAUGUUGAUCAUAAUUUUACAAGUGAUCAAUUGAACCAAUAUAAUAUUUUUAAAGAAUCUGAACCUGACGAAUUCUUACAAAUUAAGUAUUUGAAAUGCCCUGAAAAAACCGAUCCAAGACUAGCAAUUCCAGAGUGUCAUUUAGAAUCAGAGUCGUUUCAUUCAGAGACAAUUAAUAUUUAUCUAUAUAAAACAAUAUGCGCACACCCGAACAUUCUCGAUGAAUAUCAUCUGGGUUAUUUAAAAACUUAUUAUCCUGGUUCACAAAAGUUUAUGCACCCUAGCAUACCCGUUGAUAGUCAAAUCAACUUAAAUCCUGGUCAAUGUCUUAUUCGUGCUGUUACAUUUGGAGUUAUUAACCCUAUGAUUCCUGGAUACUGGAAGUGCUGCAGAAAACAAUUGAAUUCAUCUGGAUGUCUUGACAGUAUAGAUUUAAAAGACAGUACUGUUGCUGCAAUGGAUCUUGCACAAGUGAAGGAUGUCAAUACAUAUAUGACAUGUGCAAGCAUAAAGCUGGCGAACAGCCUUGUAGUGCAGUUUGCAAAGACGGUUGUAAAAAAAGAUGCAGAAAUUGCAAAAGAUCCCAGAUCGAGAAAGGAUGUAUUUUUC